AUGGCCGCGCCGGCCCCCGGCUGCAUCUCGGUCUUCUCGAGCGCGCAGGAGCUCGGCGCGUCGCUGGCGCAGUUGGUGGCCCAGCGGGCCGCGAGCUGCGUGGCGGGCGCCCGGGCGCGCUUCGCGCUCGGCCUGUCCGGCGGCAGCCUGGUCUCCAUGCUGGCCCGCGAGCUGCCCGCCGCCAUCGCCCCCGCGGGGCCCGCCGGCCUCGCGCACUGGACGCUGGGCUUCUGCGACGAGCGCCUGGUGCCCUUCGAGCACGCCGAGAGCACGUACGGCCUCUACCGGACCCACCUGCUCUCCAAGCUGCCCAUUCCUGAUAGCCAGGUGAUCACCAUUAACCCCCAGCUUCCUGUGGAGGACGCCGCAGAGGACUACGCCAAGAAGCUGAGACAGGCCUUUCAAGGGGACUCCAUUCCAGUUUUUGACCUGCUGAUCCUGGGGGUGGGCCCCGAUGGCCAUACCUGCUCGCUCUUCCCAGACCAUCCCCUUCUGCAGGAACGGGAGAAGAUUGUGGCUCCUAUCAGUGACUCCCCAAAGCCACCCCCACAGCGUGUGACCCUCACACUUCCUGUCCUGAACGCGGCCCGAACUGUCAUCUUUGUGGCGACUGGGGAAGGCAAGGCAGCUGUUCUGAAGCGCAUUUUGGAGGACAAGGAGGACAGCCCGCUCCCUGCCGCCCUCGUGCAGCCCCACACCGGGAAGCUCUGCUGGUUCCUGGACGAGGCCGCAGCCCGACUCCUGACCGUGCCCUUCGAGAAGCAUUCCACGUUGUAG